AUGCCGCAGAGGAGGACACGGUAUGCGGAUAGUCAACGCCUAGGACUUUUGAUUGUAGCUCAAUUUGCUACUAACUUAUGGAUCUGCCUUGAUAACUUAGAAGUUGCCACGCGUCUUCUAUCUCCCUCUACCGGAUCUUCUCAAGAAGCCUUUGAAUCCUUCCGCACCCUUGCAGCUGGCUGGCCACUACGUGAAAGGCUUCCACACACCAAAAGUGGAUCAGUCCAAAUCCGAUGGGUCCCUGGACACACUAAAAUCCCUGAGAAUGAAGCAGCAGAUUCUGCUGCUAAAGAGGGAGCUGCCUCUACCCCCCCCUCUCCAUGCAAGUCCUCAUAUGCCUCGCUAAAGAGACACGCCAAGACUCAAUCUCUCUCUGCUGCCCAGACACGGUGGCAGACCAUAGCACCACAAACUUACCAAGAUCUAGAAAUAACUACAUCUCCUAAGCGCCCUGGAGAGCUUCAACUUAACCGACUUGACCUUGGCCAUAUCAUUGCAGCCCGUACUGGACAUGGAGACUUCGCAGACUACCAUGAACGUUUUAAUCAUGAUGAUGCUCAUCUCCUCUGUCGAUGUGGAGCACGAAAAGCACCUCUACAUUUCUUCUUCUGCUAUAUAGCUAAGAGACGAGCCCCUCGUCCUCCUGGACCUCCUUCUGAGGUCAUAUCCUUCCUUCUAGGCACCGCGAAAGGAGCACAAAAACUAGCUACAUGGCUAGCAGAGACCCAGUUAUGGGUCAUGGAGCGUAGGUGGACCAUUGCAGCUGGCAAAUAUCUAAAACCCACUCGGAAGUGGACUCCCUGUAAGACCACGGCAGCUAUGGAAAUGCGCCAAAGAGUCCCUUAUUUGUAUAUAAAUCUGAUAGGACCUGAAGCCCGAGGCUUACCCCUCGGCGGCCUAUGUCCCAGUAGGGAUUGGUGGAAAGCGUGCGAGUCACGAUCCACGGCCGUUAAAUACACACACACACACACACACCCUGAGUUGUAUGUAACAAAAGAGACAAGUAAUACACAGAGAUUCAACGCAUCGAAUCAUCUCCUUAUUAAUACUUACAAGCAACUGAUCAUUGAUCACUAUUACUGA